AUGGCUCCCCGCAGGAACAAAGGCAAGAAGGCUCCUCCUGCGCCUCGCAAGAGAACAGCUGCGCCACCCGCACCCACUAACGACGAGACGACACCAACAACUGCCUCUACCAGUAGCACAUCCCAGCCUGGACCCAACAAUGACACGUCAUCGGUACUUAGCAGUGUGUCCCCUGUGCCAGGCCCCACUACCAACAACAUCUCUCGGCCAAAUGCCAUUGAAUUGGGCAACGGCGCUCAGCCUGCAACAGCAAUGUCGUCUACAGGCGCAGGUUCUCAAGGUCCUCACAUUCCUGACAUUGAUCCAGCUCUAACCGGCUCAGCGCCCAUGGAUCCAGCAACUGCCAACCUUAUGAACCAGGUUCGGCUGUUGGAAGAGCGACUACAACGCGCAGAGGCUGCCGGUCCUUUGGCGAGUGGUGGCGGGGACCGCCGAGCAGCAGCGGCAGCGGCAGGGUCCAUCCCGAAGCCCAAGGGAAGUGCGGGAGGUGGGAAGAAAGGGUUCCAUCUCAUCGAGAAGAUGGGUUUGGGUGGCUCAGGCGAGGGCAAGAAGCUCUACAAUCAGCUUCUGUCUACUGUGCGUGAGCUUGCUCAUGCCGCACGCCUCGAUCUUUCGAUGCCUUACUGUAAGGUGCGCCCCCAGGACCUGCACAACAUUUUUGCAACUGCUCGCAAAAUCCACCCUUUCCUUGCCCGCUUCGCCAACGACUGGGCCACCGGUGAGAUGCUCAAGCAGUUCAUGAGCAGUGUUCGGCGGUAUGGCAAGCGCAAGGGCUAUUUUUUGUAUGAUACAGAGGCCAGUGAUGUGUUCCGCCGCCUGGACGAUAUGGAGGACGGCGAGUAG